AUGUCUUGGAAGGAUAAUUUCGGGUUCACAGACCGGCUGCGAGCCAUACAAUCUCUUACAUCGGCUUACCAGAAAGCUUCUUCUUCGCCUGCCUCCGCAUUUGCAGAAGCUAUGGCCCAAGCCAAGCAAACUGAAACCGAGGCGUAUGACAAGGCGACUUCAAAAGAUGAAUAUGAUUCUAUCUGCCAAAAGGCAAUUGAUCAAGCUGAAUUGGCAGGGUCUGAAAAACAGGUCGACAGCAGCCCACAGCACGAGAAUGACUUUGAAGAACCAGAGGCCUCAACAGGGGAAGUGAUCGGUCAAUAUCGGUCCUGUUUCCACCACUUUGAUGGUAUUCACUCCACCAUCUACAAAUCAAAGUUGGAAGAUGGGACCCUUAGGGCAGUGAAAGUCACUGUUCCCUACAUGAUGACAGCCCCCCAUGAUGCUCACCGUGAAGCACGUUUGUUGCGUGAAGCGGCGCACGCCAAUAUAAUUCCAUUGAUUGAGACAUUUAAUCUUGAUGGCGGCAGGUUUGUCAUGGUCCUUCCUUUCAUGCGAUAUGACUUCGAGAAGUUGCUCCGGCGAGACAUGGUAACUGCUGCUCAAACACGAUCGAUUCUGCGAGAUCUAUUCCGUGCCCUGGCGCAUAUCCACGACAUGGGCAUACUUCAUCGGGACAUCAAGCCUUCCAAUAUUUUGAUGGACUCCCCCAACGGACCAGCGUAUUUGGCUGACUUUGGCGUCUCAUGGAAAGAAGGCGAUGCGGGAUCUGAGCCGCCCACCGAGAAAAUCACGGAUGUCGGCACGACCUGCUAUAGACCCCCAGAGAUUCUCUUUGGAUUCAAAGGGUAUGGGACAGCUCUCGAUAUGUGGGCUGCCGGCUGUGUAGUGGCAGAAGCUAUUGCCGUUGGUCACCGUCAGCUCUUCGACUCCGGGCCUGUGGGCAGCGAUCUAUCGCUGAUUUUCUCCAUCUUCAAACAACUGGGUACUCCGGAUGAACAGCGCUGGCCGGAAGUCCAGGUUCUGCCAGAUUGGGGGAAAGUGGAAUUCUACUCGUUCCCGACGCAGAGCUGGGAGGAUAUUCUGCCUGGUGCAUCCUCGAAUGGCCGUGAUUUAGUCAGCCACCUAUUGUGCUACGAGAGCAGCGCAAGACUCUCGGCAACAGAGGCCCUUGCCCAUCCCUAUUUCGCUCAGACUUGA